AUGUUGGCGAACACGGAAGUGAAUAGACGCAUUGCUUGUAUACGCACCAAACAUCGUGUUGAAAAUCGUGUGAAAAAAGGAUUUGGAAUAUUUUUCAUAGUGCCAAUUUUUUGUGAAAAUCAAGUUAAAAAGCCAUGUCUCCUCCAAAAAAGCUUCAUUGCAACGGGCAUUGCUCCAUAUAAUCCGGACAUCUUUACUGACCCUGACUUUGUCCAAGCCGUUGAACAAAAUGACAUAGAAGUGGCUAUUGAUGCUGAUAUCACCGAAGACAUCCAGCGACGUAUUGUUUUCAACGAUGCCAUUGAUCCUGUUGGUCGUGAAGAAGAGGUGUUAACAUCUGAGCCCUCUGAACUAUCCAGCUCGGUGUCACUAAUGUCUCUUGCAAGCAACACUUCGUCGGUUUUGGAUGCGGUUGGCCCUCUACAAGGCAAAACUCCAAAACCAAAGUCGAAUCGUGGACGAAAACCGAUGGAAAGUGCUGAAUUGACUUUUCCGGAAACCAUGUCCGUUUUGAAGCAUACACUUGAUUUGAUUUGGAAAGCCUAUCAAUUUGGUAUAAGGUCAGGCGAUGCAACACUUACAACACGCAUAAAAUAA